AUGGCCAUAACCGAUAUGUUCUGGGACUUUCUUUCAUACUUUGGGCUGUUUCCGCGCAAUGCAAAGGUGCUCUUCCUCGGCCUUGACAAUGCUGGAAAGACAACAUUGCUACACAUGCUGAAGAACUCGCGGCUUGCAGUGCUCAAUCCGACCCUUCAUCCCAGUAAGCCCCCAUUUUUACCCUCUAGCAUCGGAGGAGCUUUACGUGAACAAUCCCGACGCUACUGGCGCGACUACUUCCCCGAAGUGUCUGGAAUCGUCUUCAUGGUCGAUUCCUCUGAAAUGAGUCGCUUCGACGAUUGUCGUAAAGAACUGCAGGUUAGAUAUCUUUUCUUAGGUUUAGAGGAGCUUCGUGAUGUGCCUUUUCUCGUGCUGGGGAACAAGAUCGAUAUUCCAAGUGCCGUUUCAGAGGAAACUCUUUUGACAUAUCUGAACUUGAAGGGCACAACCACGGGAAAGGAGCGUACCGUGCGAAAAGAUGUGCGCCCGCUGGAACUUUUCAUGUGUUCCGUGGUACAACGCUUUGGUUAUGGUGAAGGCUUCCGCUGGCUUGCACAAAACAUGAAGUAA